AUGCAGCAACAUCUGGUGGACAUCUGUUACUUCCGACAUCCGGAUAAGCAAAUCAUACGAUCCCACGAUCACAAUUCGGCUACAAUAACGUCUUUGCUCAGCCCAUUAUUGAAUAUUUUUCUCUCUUCCUUUCACUUUCUCUCUUUCUUUCUCUCUUUUUUUACUUCUUUUCACUCUUCCUUCACGUUUUCUUCUUUUUGCCAUAAUCCUCUCUCUCUCUCUCUCUCUCACUCUCUCUCUCUGCAGUCCAUUUCCGCUUUCUCCAUUCCCCUUCCUCUUUUCCGUUCUUUUUCUCUCUCUUUUUUUAAUCUAAUUCACACUCUGUUGUUCUCUCCUCUUUUUUUUCUCCUAUUUUCUUUUCCUCUCUCUCCUUUCGGUUUCUCUCAUUUUUGUUUACUCUAUCUUUUGUCUGUCUUUCUCCUCUCCGCUUUUUUUUUUCUGUUUCUUCCUCUUUUCCUUAACUUUCCCACUCUCAGUUCUCUUUCCUGUUUCUCUAACAUGUUUGCUUUUCUCUCUUUACUCUCGUCUUUCCAACAUCUCUCUUUUAUCUUUAUUAAACUUUUCAUAGAUAUUGUUUUUCACUUUCCCGGUAUCUCUCGAUUAUUUUUUCUGCUCUCUCUCUCUCUCUCUCUCUCUCUCUCUCUCUCUCUCUCUCUCUCUCUCUUCAUCUCCCUCUCUCUCUCUCUUCCAUUUCAUCUCCCUCUCCCUCUCUCUCUCUCUCGCUCUUUCUCUAUCUAUCUAUCUGUCUUUUCUUUAUUUCUUAAUUACAAUCCCUCCCUAUAUAUUUUUAUUUUCCUCUUUCUCCUUCUUUUUUCUCUUUCUCUCUCGUCACAUCUCUUUUAUCUCUCUCUCUCUCUCUCUCUCUCUCUCUCUCUCUCUCUGUAUAUUGCGUUUCUUUUCACCUAUUCUAAUUCAUCUUUACACAUUGUCUCUAUUCUCCUCUUUUUGUCUAUCUUUCUGUAUCCCUUUUCCUCGUUAAAUUCCCCCCCUCUCUCUCUCUCUCUCUCUCUCUCUCUCUCUCUCUCUUAUUUUUUCUAUUUAUCUUUCUCUAUGACUUCUUUCUCCCCUCCCCACACCUCGGUGUUUUUACAGGUUCCAUAUCUUCUGUAUUUAUUUGGUGAAGAACACACGUUUGGUUAUCACAUGCUGUCUUUUUGGACAUCAAUAUCGUUUUCUCUUCUUUAUCGUUUAUAUGUGCAAAAUGGCUACAGAUUGGUUUACACCAUCUUUUAUUCUUCUUUCUUUAGAAAUAAAAACAUUUAUUCAUUCUUUGCUAUUAUUUUUAGCGACAUCAACUCAUUGAAAUCCACACCCAAAGAUGUUUUUUCGAGAAAUCAAUGA